GGAGGGAGAGACGCCCUAAAAAGGCGUCCGUAACUCGGUCGACGGUCUGAGUGGAAUAAUCAAAAUCUCUCUCAAUACCAAAAUUUAAUUUUACAUUUUUCUUUUUUGGCAAAUUCAUGGCUGAGAUUCGACUUCGUCAUCAAACCAAACCAUUUCUUAAUUGAAUACUCGCAAAGUCGGCUCCUUUCUCCUCCUCUGUUCAGAUUCAGCUCUUUGGUUCCUUCCUUCCUUUGGAUCCGUAAAAAAAAGCCGACAUGUUAUUCACGAGAGGUAUUUCUCGGAUCUCUUCAAAGCUUCUGAGAAACCGCAGCUUCUCUCAAUCUCUCCUCGCAAUCAUCAUCCCCGAACAGGGUCACUCUUGUUCCGACUCUACUACUGCACACAAGAAGUAGGGUUACGUUUGCAGAGGUUCUACUUAUUCAUUCAAAUCCCCCGUUUUUGGUGCUGGUUUUACACAUCAUCAUCAUCUCUAUCACCAGAGCAGCUCAGUUGUUGAGGAGGAGCUUGACCCGUUUUCGCUUGUAGCUGAUGAGCUGUCACUUCUUAGUAAUAAGUUGAGAGCCAUGGUAGUUGCCGAGGUUCCCAAGCUUGCUUCUGCGGCUGAAUACUUCUUCAAAAGGGGUGUGGAAGGCAAACAGUUUCGUCCAACUAUUUUGCUGUUGAUGGCGACUGCUCUGAAUGUACGCGUACCAGAAGCCUUGGCUGCUGAUUCAGCAGAUAUAGUCUCAUCAGAGUUACGUGUAAGGCAACGGGGUAUUGCUGAAAUUACCGAAAUGAUACAUGUUGCAAGCCUCCUGCACGAUGAUGUCUUGGAUGAUGCGGAUACAAGGCGUGGUGUUGGUUCUUUAAACUUUGUAAUGGGUAACAAGAUAUCAGUAUUAGCAGGAGACUUUUUGCUCUCUCGGGCUUGUGUGGCUCUUGCUGCUCUGAAAAACACGGAGGUUGUGUCAUUACUUGCAACUGUUGUAGAGCAUCUUGUUACCGGUGAAACCAUGCAAAUGACUAGCACAACGGAUCAGCGUCAUAGUAUGGACUACUACAUGCAGAAGACAUAUUAUAAGACGGCGUCACUAAUCUCAAACAGCUGCAAAGCAGUGGCAUUACUCGCUGGACAAUCAGCAGAAGUUGCCAUGUUAGCUUUUGAAUACGGGAAGAAUCUGGGCUUGGCGUUCCAAUUGAUAGACGACGUUCUCGACUUCACGGGCACAUCUGCGUCUCUAGGAAAGGGAUCCUUAUCAGACAUCCGACAUGGGAUCAUAACAGCUCCGAUCCUGUUUGCGAUGGAGGAGUUUCCACAGCUACGCAAAGUUGUUGGUCAACUUGAAAAAGAUCCAACGAAUGUUGACAUUGCUUUGGAGUAUCUUGGGAAGAGCAAUGGGAUACAAAGGACCAGAGACUUAGCUAUGGAACAUGCGAAUCUCGCAGCAGCAGCAAUUGGGUCUCUACCUGAAACAGACGAUGAAGAUGUCAAAAGAUCGAGGCGGGCACUUGUUGACUUGACACAUAGAGUCAUCACCAGAAACAAGUGAGGAUAAAGAAUAUCUCGACAAUAUACAGCAAACAUCGCUCAUAACAUGAUGAGAAUGUUUCAAUUUCAUUACAUUCCAUUUGUAGGAUUUUGUGUUUGUACAACUCGUUUCACAAAAUAAUUUGUUGUUGGAUUUCAUUAUAAACAACAUACAAGGAAAAAAUAGAGAAAGUCUGGUUAA